ACACAAUCUAAAAGUAUCGUAUUCUUACAAUGUAAAGUUUCUAACUAGUGGUACGUGGGGUUGAGUUUCCUGGGUAUAAAAAAAACAAAUUUCUAACAAGUAAGAUAAAUUUUAUUUGAUGAUAUUAAUUACAAAAAAUUAUAAGAUAAACUUCAUAAUUAUGUUAAUUAAUAUAAAAAGAUUGAAAUUAUCAUAUGUCAUCCAAUGUGUCUUAUAUGUUACCUGUGAUUUGUGAUAUUCUUACUUUAUCAAUAGAAUACGUAUAUGAUUAUAAAUUCAUUAUGAUUUCAAAUGAUUAAUAAUAAUUAUAAAGAUACAAAGCUAGUAUAUACAAAUUUUUUUGCAAACCAAAGCAAAAAUCAAAAGAAGAAGAGGAGCAUUUUAUGGAAGAUGAAUAAUAUCAAGUACUUGAGGCCUCAACGAAUGCUUGAACUUUUAUUUUGUUUUAAUAUUAUUUAUUUAAAAACUAGUAGUAACUGAACUUCUUUCAAUAAUUAUAGUUAUUGGAAUGAAAUGGUUCAUGACAUGCAAAAAAAAUUAUAUAAGAUCCAUAAUGGAACUUGCACUCAAGACCUAUCCGGCUAUCCAUAUAUACAUAACUUAUGUUCCCUUUAUAACAUCAUGAUACAUAACCACCGACUUUUUAUUAUAUAAUUAUGGUAGAUUCUUUUUACCAUAAUGAAUUCCAAAAUAUAUAUAUAAGGUGGUUGUUAUAUUAUAAAUUAUAUCUAAUUGUUUCCUAUAAAAAGUUUAAACUUUUUUCAAAUUAAAUAAAUUAUUAUAAUAUCAGUCUAACAUUACUGACGAAAUGGUCAUCAACUUCAUGGUUAUGCACCUUUAUUUGUUCUACAUAUAGCUUAGAAAAUGCAUCAAACAAAUUUGAAAGUUGAACCGAGAAUUCCCCAACCUCAAUUGCAUGCUCAACUAGCAACCCUUGAAAUUAAACUUGUCACGAAAAUGGAAGUGGUAUGAUCACCUUCACCAACUUCUUAAAUAAAAGAUGUACCAACUUCUCAAGAACAAAGGGGCAACACUUCAUACGACAUUCACCGCUAAACCCAUAACAAGAUUACUAGUGUUUAGAUAUAAAAACUAAAAGUUUCCCAACCUAACACUAUUAACCAACUCUUAGGGGUGUGCAACGGUUCGGUUCGGUCCGGAUCAGACCAAAUAUUUUAGAAUCGCGGUCAGUUAGUGAAAGACAUCUUAGCACCAAGAACCGAACCAUCAUUGCAUUCAGUUCAUUUGGUUCGGUUCUGUCUGGUCCGGUCAAAAUAUCAGUCCGGUCCUCAUUUCUUCAGAUUUGUAAAAUUCAUGUGAACCAAGUACCAGACCGCAUUAUACUCGAUCCGAUUCAUUCCGAUCCAAAUUUCGAUUUGAUCCUGUACGAUACGACGGUCCAGUCCGAAACCGGACCAUUCCACACCCCUACCAACCCUCCCCUUUAAAAAUGACACUAUAUGCCUACCCUUGGGUCUACCAACUUCUCUUCAAUAUUCACUUGUCUCUUUCAAACUAUCCUUACAAUCUUACCACACAAGAAACUAGAAAAAACACAACCAUGCAAUACUUCAAAAAUUCAAUAUCCAUCUUCAUCGUCAUUAUUCUUCACUCCACCAUUAAUGUAGAGGCUGCCCGUACUUCACCGUCUUCCACUAAACCAUUCGUAUCUUACUACUCCUCCUCGCCAUUAAUUAGUAAGCUCAACAAGACGGCCUUAAAACCACCACCAUCAACAAUCAACCCUUCCAUUCGCUCUCUAUGUUUAGCCACCAAAAACACCAAGAAAUGCAUGGAGCUCAUCCUUCCUUUCGCCACGGCCGGCGGCGCUACGGAUCCCGUUUCCAUUCUAAACGUGGAGAUCCAGUCGCUGUACGACAUGACGGGGCAAGCCAUCUCGACCGCCAUGAGGCUGAGCAAGGAAGAUCGAGCCGUGACAUCUUUGGAGGACAGAGGGGUCCUCAAAUCCUGUGUCAAAACUUAUGGUGUUGCUGCCAAGGAGCUGGUGAAGGCCGGGCUUGCAUUGUCCACUCGUGAUUCCAAGACCGUGAUCUUGAUGCUGCGUGCAACCGUAUCGAGCUUCAGACGGUGCGACAAAGCUUUCGAGAUGCCGGGGAGGUUGAACAAAGGGGUCAUGAUGAAGGAGAUUGAUCAAGUGUUGCUUGAUAUGGCGAAGCUUUGCUUGGAGAUCUCUAUGCUGAUUCAGAGAGGGACGUUGUAGAUGAGGUGUGUUAAUUAAAAGGAUGUCUACCCCAAGAGAGUUUAAUAUUUUGGUGUUGUUACUGUUGUUAGCUGUAGAGUAUUUUGUGCUAAAACUAUGGUUUAAUCGUGGUUCAACUGUUUUAUAUUGUUAAAAGUUGGUUGUUGUUUAAUAUUUCAAUAUGAGACUUUUCCGAUCAAAAUGUCGGUACGGUAUGAUUUCAUAAACAAUAAGUUUUUGUCCGUGCCGAUUUUCAUUUCUUUAACCGUAAAUAGGGCUCGAAAUGAGCUAAUUUAUUGCUUACGAGCGGCUCGGCGUUCGGCUCUGGAAAAAAUUCGUUUGUCACUCGAUUCGUUUACUGUUGAGUGAAAUAAAGAUAAGCCUUUAUU